AUGGAGUUAGCAUCUAGUACCUCAACCCCAAUCUCUGCCCUCCCCACGACGAUUUCAGGAACCCAGCCACGGUACUCCUUUUAUCGAUACAACCAUACUCAUAAUGGAACCUCAUCCUCACCAAUCCUAUUCAUCUACACUUGUCCUUCUGGGUCAAAGAUUAAGGAACGAAUGUUGUAUGCCGCGUCCUCGCGGUCCGCUGUCCGGGUUGCCGAAGCAGAAGCAGGCCUAAAGAUCGAGAAGAAGAUUGAAGCCAGUUCACCUGAGGAUAUUUCGGAAGAAAGCAUUGACGGAGACUUAUAUCCCAAGGUGGAGGUCAAGAAGGCGUUUGAAAGGCCCAAGAGACCUGGGAGAAAAUAG